UUCCCCCCCCCUCCGCGCGAACUUCACGCCGCCGCCAGCCCGCGAUGGCAUUUUCCCAGCUGGGAUACCAGUACAUCCGGCCGAUCUACCAGUCCUCCGAUCGCCUGGGGAACAGCGGCUCCCGGCAAGGGGCAGAGCUGAGUCCGUCGGGGGCCCUCUCCAACGUCCUCUCCUCCAUGUACGGAGCGCCUUACGCCGCCGCCGCGGCUGCCCAAGGAUACGGGGCUUUCCUGCCCUACGCCGCCGAGCUCCCCAUCUUCCCGCAGCUGGGCGCCCAGUAUGAGCUGAAGGACAGCCCCGGCGUCCAGCACCCGGCCUUCUCGCACCCCCACCCGGCUUUCUACCCUUAUGGGCAGUACCAGUUCGGGGACCCCUCGCGGCCCAAGAACGCCACCCGCGAGAGCACCAGCACCCUCAAGGCCUGGCUGAACGAGCACCGCAAGAACCCCUACCCGACCAAAGGGGAGAAGAUCAUGCUGGCCAUCAUCACCAAGAUGACCCUCACCCAGGUCUCCACCUGGUUCGCCAACGCCCGGCGGAGGCUCAAGAAGGAGAACAAGAUGACCUGGGCCCCGCGGAGCCGCACCGACGAGGAGGGCAACCCCUACGGCAGCGAGCACGACGAGGAGGAGGGCGGCGAGGGCGACAAGCGCGGCGAGGCCGACGAGGAGGAGAUCGACCUGGAGAACGUGGAGACGGAGCACCUGGAGGGCGCCUUGGCACCGCCCGGCCCGGGCCUCCAAGGGGCCGGCCCCGGCACCGCCCCUACCGGCGCCGCCGCUGCCGCCGCCGCCGCGGCUGCAGCAGCCGCCGCUGCCCUGGCGGCUUUCUCCAGGCCCGCGGACCAAGCGCAGAGCGCGGAGGCAGCCGGCGGAACAGAUCGGUCUAGUGCCUUGGAAGUAGAAAAAAAGUUAAUUAAGACAGCUUUCCAGCCAGUUCAGAGGCGGCCUCAGAACCAACUUGAUGCAGCUAUGGUUCUAUCUGCGCUAUCAUCAUCAUAGUUAAUUUUUUUUUCUAAUUAUUAUUCUGAUGGUUGUACAAUAAAAUUCUCUGUAUAGUUACAGCUUGUACGCAUGUCCCCGCAUUAAAUGGAAAAAAAAGCAAAGGAAAAAAAACUGCUUCUGUACUAUUAUCUGGAUUAGCUGAAUUUGUGAGGUUUUUUUGGAAGUCCAGUGAGAAAUAGGCAUCUCUUCUCUUUUUUGUAUAUAUAGUAAAAAAAAAUGUAAAUAUGUGUGAACCAAAUUGUACAAGAAAGUAUAUAUUUUUGGCUAAUAAACU